UUACUCCCCUUGAUAACACAAGAUAGCUGUUUUAUGAUUGAGUGGGUUAAAGUUUACUGACUUGAUAGUGAUAGUUACACAUUGAGCGGCACAGUAAGCCUGUUACCUAUCAACUGCUGCAGAUCGUGGCAAACGCACACAGUGAGCAGCCUGUUGCUGAGGCCUCCGCAAGAAAUCAAGGGAAUAAAUAAAGUAUUUAUAACCAUAAAAAUGGUCAGCAAGACAAUAAUUGUGGCACUGACGUUGCUGCUGUUGGCAUCAGUCGCCACUUUUGUGGGUGUCUUCUUCGGUGUGGAGAGAAGGAAGCAACGAAGUGAGCAUGUGUACUUGAAGGCAGCCGUGGCAGCAGAUGCUGGGCCGUGUUCAGAAGUUGGCAGAGACAUACUGAUGAAAGGGGGGUCUGCAGUAGAUGCCUCUAUAGCUGCUUUACUGUGCAUUGGACUUAUGAACGCUCACAGUGCGGGCAUCGGAGGAGGACUUUUCUUCACCAUCUACAACCGAACAACUGGAAAGGUAGAGACCAUUGAUGCCAGGGAGACUGCACCACGCAUUGCAACAGAGAACAUGUUUGGAAACAGUACAGAUUUAUCCCAGACAGGAGGGUUGUCUAUUGCUGUACCAGGGGAGAUUCGAGGUUAUGAGAUGGCGCACCGACGACAUGGCAAACUUCCUUGGAAAGACUUGUUCCAGCCUAGCAUUGUACUUGCAGAAAAAGGUUUUCCUUUAGGCAGGGCUCUUGCCUCUGCUGUGUCCACUAACAAGAAAACAAUCAUCAAGGACCAAGCCCUGUGUGAAGUGUUUUGUGGGAAAAAUGGUGACAUCCUAAAAGAAAAUGACACCAUCGUAUUUACCAGGCUUGCAGAAACCUAUAGGAAAAUAGCAGAAGAGGGUGCUGAUGCUUUCUAUCAGGGACAACUGGCUCAAAACCUUGUGACAGAUAUUCAGGCAGCAGGCGGUAUCAUCACAAUGGAGGAUCUGAAGGAUUAUGUGCCUGUCUUGGAUGAAUAUCCUUUAAGGGUGAAUGUGGGGGAGUACACCAUGGCUGUUCCCAAUGCCCCCGCUAGCGGCCCUGUGCUCUCGCUGAUAUUAAACAUCUUGAAUGGGUACAACUUCACCCCAGAUAGUAUGGCAAGCACUGAGAAAAAGAUCCUAACCUACCAUCGCAUCGUGGAGGCUUAUCGUUUUGCUUAUGCAAAAAGGACCCUACUUGGAGAUCCGAAGUUUCUCAACAUCACAGAUCUCAUCCAGAACAUGACUUCAAGUUACUAUGCUGCUGGCCUACGUGAAAAGAUCACAGAUGACACCACACAUCAUAUCAACUACUACGAGCCAGAGUUUUACCUGCCUGAAAACUAUGGGACUGCACACAUCUCCGUAGUAGCAGAAGAUGGAAGUGCUGUGGCCGCCACCAGCACCAUCAACCAAUAUUUUGGCUCCAAAGUCAUGUCAAGAUCGACAGGGAUACUUCUUAAUGAUGAGAUGGACGACUUCAGCUCCCCGCUUAUCACAAACGGCUUUGGAGUGCCUCCUUCACCAAACAACUUCAUCAGGCCAGGAAAAAGGCCAAUGUCUUCUAUGUGCCCAGCCAUCCUCCUUGACAAAAACAACAAAGUUAAGAUGGUGGUCGGAGGCUCGGGAGGUACAAAAAUCACUACUUCUGUCGCUCAGGUGAUUCUGAAUGCACUGUUCUUCAACUACGAUCUGAAUAAAGCCGUGUCAGAUCCAAGGAUCCACAACCAGCUGAGUCCCAACAUCACUGUAGCAGAGCCUGGCUUUGACAAAAACGUCCUGGAUGGUUUGGCAUUAAAGAACCACGAGACAGAGUUCCUCAAAUCAACAGGAGCUGUGGUGCAGGCGGUGGUACGCCAUGAUGACGGACUCCAUGCUCAGUCUGAUCCUCGCAAGUGGGCGUACGCUGCAGGGUACUGAGGUCAUAAAUACACCUCUGAUUAUGCAGAGAGACUGUAGCUGUGUAAUCCUUGACACCAGUGGUAUGAGAUUGGAGACUUAAUAAAGAACCAGGAACCAUCGUCAGCUAUCUGGGGAACCAAUUGUUCUGUCAGUAAGUUUGAAUAACGUUCAUGUACUUCAUAACACACAACUCAGAUAACAGAGCAUUGACUUGUUGCUCCCUUGAAAGUGCCUCACUCUGAAAUUAAUUGUGAAUAUUGACUCUACAAUGCAUUUACAUGUCACAUCAUCAUCAUUUCAUGUAAUUAAGAAAUUCACAAUAUUUUACCAUCAUUCUCGGCUUAUAAGGUUGAAAUUGAAAAAGGAUAUCAGACCUGGAAAUGUUAAAAUUGUCAAACAGUCAUAAAUGUGUACAUUCCUACCAAUUUAUGAACCACAUUUGUAAAUCAUUAGCACUGCAGAGCUGUUUCCUGUUGCUGUUGUUGUCCAAUAAAGAUAUGAUAUGUGAUGACUACGGUAAUAACUAACGAUUGAACUCUUGGUUAAGGAAAUAUCCACUGAAAUAAAUCAACAAAAACUAAA